GAUUGUGUUUUGGCGCUAUACCCUCCCAUCUCUUUCGCUGUUUUAUACAUGGUGGACAGAGUGGUGGUUUUAGGUGGUUUCCCUCUUUGUUUCAGAGCGAUAAUUUGCUGCUACAAUUCAAAGUUCGAUCAAAACUGGGCUGAGGACUGUGCGACUGCUACUAGUGGUUUUCCACCAUCGGUAGGCUCUGAGUUGGUGGUUUUUGGUGGUGCUCCUUUACAACAGGAUCCCAAAAGUUGGAUCCAAAACAUCCCAAUGGGAAGGCAACUGUUGAGAAACCUACUAUAUGGACUAAAGGGCCGUAUUUGAUGGUACGACCUCCAAAAGGUCCUUCAAUUUCAUACUGCAGAGGUGUAAGGGGCAGUUAUCAUCGUAUGGGUGAGGGUGAUCCAAUGGCUGAUUUAGGUGGGACGUUAAAUAGUUUGUCACCAGAUAUUCUUGAUGAUAGGGAUGGUACAACGUUACAAGAUUUGUCACGUGAUAUCCUUGAUGAUGGCGACAAUGAUGAUGAUGAUGCUGGUGACGAUGGUGAUGACGUUGGUGAUGAUGGUUACAAUGGUGACGAUGGUGAUGGUGUCAGCGAGGACGAUGACAACUUUGAGGGUGACGGUGACGACUUUGAGGGUGGUGGUGACGACUUCGAGGGUGGUGGUGACGGUGAUGGGAGGCAAUUCAUACAAAGCAAUGGGAAAAAGUUUGUAGACUCAAAGGUACAUAGACGUGUAAAGGAAAUACUUGAACAAUGUCUUGAUGGAGAUUGGGUCACGUUUAAAACGAUCCCCCAAAACGUAAAGACGCGCAUGUUUGACCGCUUCGGGACUAUGUAUAGGUGGGAUCCAAAAGCACACCAGAGCAUACGUCAUUCGUUUAUUUGUGUGCUCAAGGGUCGAUUUAGAGGCAUAAUGAGCGAUACGAGGAAAAGUUCUAAAAAGAAAGCUUUAAAGGCGAGGGAAGAUAUUCCCGAUGACGGAUACAAUUUUAAGAUACAAUGCAAAUAUCCGCCCAAUGGAGUGCCUCGUAGGAAAUGGGAACGUAUGUGUAUGUCUUGGAACACUAAAGAUUGGGAAAGAAGUCCAAAGCAGGGAGAGAAAACUAGAAGAAUGACUUAUGUCGUCAUACAGACGGGUCCAAAGGGUUUGACGAACACCGUCGCAACUUGGAAAAAAUAAAGGGUAAAAAGGUUGGAUUCGCGGAAGUAUUACUUCAUACCCACGCCACCAAAGAGUGUAAAAAGAGAUUAAAUGAUGGGGAGACCAGUGCAAAUGACUAUGAUAAGUUAGAGUUUGUUACCGAUCGUUCAAAACGUUCAUAUGUCUCCUACAUGAAAAAACUUGAAAAUAAAUAUGGGAACACGGAUUGCGAUGAUAUGGAAGUGUGGGAGAGUCUGCAUCCCGAGUGUCAGGGUCGUCAGUUGUUUGGGGUAGGAUCUUCUGAUCCACAUUUUGUGUUGUCUGGAACAAAAUCUUCCACAGCUAGUGUGUCAGAUACUCGACAAUCGCAUGAGCUCCAAAAAGUUCAAGCUGAACUAGGAAAGGAACGAGAGGCUCGACAAAACAUUGAAGCCCGUUUUGAACAAUUUGAACAAGAGAGGUUACAAGAAAGGGUUGAAUGUGAACGAGAGCGGGAACAAGAACGUGUUGAACGUGAACGAGAGCGGACCGAACAUGCUCGAUGGCAGAAAUACAUGGAAGCAAAGUUUAAUAAAUUCGGAAAAAAGUAAUUUUUUUAUGUAUGUUAAAGAUCAUGUUAGUUUUGUUACAAAAACGUGCAUUUUGUUUUUUAUUCUAAGACUGUAAACAUGUUUUUUUGUUGGAAUCUUUAGGAUUUUCUGCAAUUUAUUUAAAAGAAUUUGGUUUUGAUU